AAAUUUCAGCGACGAACGUAUGAAUACCACACUGCUUGUAUGAACAUACAUCCAUUGACAAACCCCUGUUGCUACAUAUCUCGACUUUCCAUCUUGAAUUCCGCCAACAGGCGGAAAAUAACGGCCAGCCUCUAUGGUUUGGGGCUCACCAAGACACAAGCGAAAUAUGAAUACCAGAAAAGGCAGCACCGGUCGCCCGAUGCCACCCUGCAAGGAUUGUGUGCACCGCCAAGUAGUGUAGGAGCGCGACUGGUUGCGUUUUGAAGGUUGGAUACUAAGAAGCUCUUUACCCUCGGCGCUUCCCCUGGGCCCUCGCUCUUCUGUGCUCAGCAACUCAACACAACACACCAACUUGGAGCCUCGGCUCGAGCAUUCACGACGGCCACAAUGUAUUCAUGUUGGCUCUGGGUAUCCGCAGGGCUGGCGGCGCUGGCGGCCGCGGCAGAGGUGGUCACGACACCCCGACAAUUUGAAGUCGACAUUGUCUUCCCGCACAACGAGACAUACAAGCCAGCCGACACCAUGCCCAUUGUCCUAGCCAUCCAAAAUGCUAGCGUCGCGUGGUCGAUUGGACCCUUCAGCAUCUUCUGGACCAUCACGCACCUGCAGGGGAACUCAAUCUCGGGGGGCGGUAGUAGGGAUUUUGGCGAUUUUCAAGUUUUCGGCAAUGAAACGUUGGUAGACUCGACCUUGUUCCUCGCCGACUUCACCAAUGUUACGGACUGGCUCCGGUACGGAGUGCCAAUCCCACCAGCCACCGAGUACACACCCGCAGUGGACGACAGAUACAUCUUGCAGUGGAGCAUCGUUUGGACGAGCCUGUUCGGGACCUGCACGAAAUUCGAAUCUUUGGUUGCUGCCGAUUUGCCAUCCGAGGGAGCUCUGACGUUCAACAUCCAGACGGUGUGGGGGGAGGAGGGAGCUGGCUGGCAGGGCGAGAUCCACGACGUGCAGGAGGCCAUCCCCGAGUGCCCGGAAUUUGGAGGCCAUGUCCAGAUUGGGCCGCCUCCGAACGCGACGAAGCCGUCCUGCCCUGGGUUUGAGAUCCUCGAGAGUAGGGAAGGCAGCCCCUGCGCCGUCAAAGUUGACCAGGGCGUGGCGAGCAGCAUUUCAAGCCGCGUCUCGAGCUCCGUCGCGAGCUCCAUGUCGAAGUACCAUCCGACCCCUACCGCCACCGAUGUCGUGGAGUCGUCAACGAGCGAGGCCGGCGUGGGUCCCGCUCGGACGGUGCAGACGGCGCUGGCGGCUGCUUGCGUUCUCUGCGGCCUGGCAUUGUGAGGCGUGUGGGAAGGACCCUGGGGAGGAGUCCGGGACGUUCCCGCUGGGCAUCUCGUUAUUGUCUUGUGUGGUGAGACACACUUUACCGUAAUUCAUAAUACGCGUAAUAUUGAUCUCCAUGUAUCUAUAAAUAACGACAGAGGUAAUGACCUCUCACAUUCCCAUAUCUUAGAAUGAUGUAUAAAGGAACGGACAUACCCUAAACACAGUAGUCCCUAUA